UCCUCUACCUUUCUUCCCUUUCCCCCUCCUCCCUUUCACCCCUCUCUAAUUCCCAAACCUCUGCCACUGCCGCCACCAUGCUCUCCACCCUCCCUCCCUCCGACCCUUUUCUCGACCACCCAUUCUCCGCCGGUUUCCCACCUUGGGAUUUCCAUGACCUAUUUUCCGACGACCUCGAAUCCACCACUCCCAUAACCAUAACUUCAACCUCCGGUUCAGACGAACCGAACCAACCCCACGAGAAACGUAAACCGGACUCAGACGAACCGAACCACCGGUCCGUAGUCAUAGACGAGAGAAAGCGGAGACGCAUGUUAUCGAACCGGGAAUCUGCCCGAAGAUCACGGAUGCGGAAACAACGACACGUGGAGAAUCUAAGGAACCAGUUGAACAAGUGUAGAAUCGAAAACCGGGAACUCAAAAACCGGUUGCAAUUCAUUGUGUUUCACUAUAACCGCAUAAGAACCGAAAACGAAUGGCUCCGGUCCGAGCGAACCGUGCUGAACCAAAGAAUCAACAACUAUACUCAAAUUUUGGUUUACCAACAGUUCCAAUUUCAACCUUUCUCCACUGCAUGGACAUGUAACACUACUACGGUGGAAUAAAUAAUCUUGAUUAAUCAUUAAUCAAGUUAAUUAAUUAUGAUUAAUCAAGUUAAUUAAUUAUAAUUAAUCUCGGUUAAAAUUCUAAGACAAAGUUAUAAUUUGUCUGUAAAAUAUUAAAAUUAGGUAAAUGAGUCUUGGGAUUUUCCGUGCUAUUUUUGGGGAAAAGCUAGGACUUGGUUUUGGAAAAUAUUGUUGAUUUUUUUCAAAACCAUAUGGUUGAUUUAUUAUCGAUUAAUAUUAAAUAUUUAUGUAUAAUAUUUGUCCUUUUUUUGGUUAA